CUCCGAUGAUGAUCUUGACAUCGUGUUUUGGGCAGCUAUCGUACUCGCGUUCGAGCUGCGCGUAGAAUCCGUCCUUGUCAUCAUUAGUGCUUCCGGAGUGUUGGCUGAGCACGUUUAUUAUGCUAAAGAUGAAGAACCGACCCGUGACCCUCAACUUGCACAUUCUUUCAUUGAUCGGCCACCAACCGAUCACGCGCUGCUGCAUAUCGCCCAUCACUAAAAAAUCUGUUCCAAAAUCUGGCCAAAGUCUACGCCAGGCUUGAUAAUCCUCCUCGAAAUCAAAAGAGUUUUGCAACAUACUCCAGAGCGGUGUUUUACUUUUGCCUCGUCGCGAGGUAGCGAACGAACCCCAAACAGAGAGGCGAUAAAAACUGAGCGAGGAAGAGGGGAACGAAAAAAGAGCCGAUGAUUAUUUCGGGUUUUUGAGUGUGAUUUUCGCCUCGAGAGUCUUUCUUUGUAUGGGAGUGGAACUCGCGAGAGCUUUUUGAGUGUGAGUGGACGUGAGAAACACAACAAGCAAUUAUGAGUGUUGGACGAACUCCUCGUUGCGCGGCAAGCUCGCGCUCGUUGCUGUUGAGAAUUUGCGUUGUGAUUUUUGAGUUUUAUUUUCACCCCUCAGAAAAUCGCCAAAAUCGCUGCCUCAUUUUCUCGCGAGGGAGUUUCUGUCAAGCCUGGUCUACGCUCCACACAAAUUUUUAAAUUUUUGUAUGGACAAAAGUCUACGGAGGGAGAGGGGAGUUCUGAGAUGGCCAAAAAUGAGUCUACGUAGUUUAUGGACAGCGCCUAACUUAAAAGUCAUGAAAGCGCCACCUAUGUGGAUGAGUUGCACACUAAAACAUUAUUGAUAGUUGAAGCCCUUAUUAUGCCAAAGAAGCUUGUCGAAAACACAAUUUUAGGGUACUGGUAGCUGGUAGUUUGCUCUACCAGGUACCAGUUACCCUGCUUUGAAAACGGGAUAAGUCUGUGUAUAAACCUUGAAUUAAUUGUCCGAACCUGUGCAUACUAAACCUUGUUCUUUUUUAUGCUCAACUACACUGAGAAAAAAAACAUAGUAAAAUUAAUAAUUCAACCAUGUUUAAUUUUACCAUGCCGAAAAAUAGUCGUAAUGAACAUGAUAUCAGUAAUGACUACUAUGUUUUCCUUACAAUUACCAUAAUUUGACGAUCAAGCGCAUAGUAAUCAAUACCAUCAAACGUGGUUAUCUUGAUUACGCUAUUCGUGAUUGUGAGAACCAUGUUCAUGUUUUCCAAUACAAUUCUCAUGCUUAGUCACACCUUUUCCGUAAGUUUUUCUCGUUAUCGGCCAUUUUCACAGAAUGAAAUGUUUGCCACGUCGGUUUCAUAAAAAAACGAUUUGUGAUAGAUAAUUAAAGCAAAAUUGUGGAAUUGUGCAUUGAGUGAACAUAAAACUUAGUGGAAAGCGUUCAUAAACCUCGGUACCUGCUGCCACUAACAGAAGCCAGUAUUUCCGGAAGCCUGUUCCACCCAAGGUUCCACCGUCAUCGUGGGAGGUUAACGAUUGUUUACCGGUAGACAACGAAUCUAAAAACACGCAACUCUCACCACCCAAAGGGCAGCCAGAAGUUCCGACACUUAUUGCAUGAUGUUUUUGGUUACGGUGGAGCCUCCUCUAAAACCGCCUCCACCGCGGUGUAUUCAGAAUGCCAAACCACCGUUUGCAAUUGAACCGAAGAUGCAGGACUCCCACUUCGCCGGUCACUCCGUUUCUCAAACCAUAGAAGAAUCAAGGAAGUACCUCCGAAAACGAACGACACAGAAACCUCCACAUUCAACAAAUCGGCUACCAGGCAGCACACGGAACAGCUUUAACAGUUUCAGGACUAUUCCAUCGAUGCCCGGGACUGAACGAAGGAAGUGAACUUUGUGGAAAAGUCUCCGUCAGGACAAUCUCAAUCGUAACAGCUCAACAGCAUCGCAGCGCCAGCGGCCUCAGUUUCCAGGAAACCCCAACGCAUCGCCCGGUGCCGGAUCUGUCUUCAGUUCCGCCGAUGCAUGCCUCGAAAUCCACUUAGCCGCACGUUUCCAAAAAGCGUCGCCGUACGCCAAUGGCGUUUUAGAAAGAUAAUCAUUAUGUUUAUUGUGUUUAUACAUGUUAUUUAUUUUUAUUGAAAGCCAAUAAAGUUAUUGAAUGUAUCAUAAGGAUUUUUUUUAAUCUAUACAAAAGAGAUGAAAGUACCAUUAACGGAACCAAAUGCAUAGUAACUGAAACUAUUACACGAUGGUUAAACGUACUAUGUUAUUGCUUGCUUUUUACCAUGCGCAUGGUAAAUUAAACUAUGGAAUCCCAUUCAAAAAUACCAUGAAAUGUCAACAUUAUGCAGCAUGGUAAAUUCAACCCCUUCCAUUGUACGUUCAAGCAGGAAUCAUGGUCUACCAAAAUCAAGUAGUAAAAGUGUUUUAAGUUCACCCUCGAUACGGUCAAUAUUACCAUGUCGGUUUUUUCAGUGUAUGUUGUAGCGCACCUUCUGUGUGACAUUUCCUUGAUGAUGAUGAUGAUGAUGAUUGUGUACCCACCAUCAGCGCAAGGAUUACCUAUGGCUGCAGAGUCAUACCAGAAGGGAAUGAUCUACCUGAUGGUUUGUUGUAGCAGGGUAAGCUAAAUUCACUGGAAACCUUCGGAAGACAACACGAUGGUUGAUAUCUCGUGACAAAGUCUGGCCACCCCACGAACAUUUGUCCAGAAACCAGUUCAUUUAUAUAGCUUCCUUAGGCUACCCCUCCCAAAAUCACAAGUAUCGUGUAAUUUAAAUAUAAUUAAUUACUUAGUUGAUGAUUUACCUGAUUUUAUCUGAAAUGAAAAAUAUUAUUAUAGAUAUAUAGAAUUUUAAUUGACCUACAUUAUAAUUACAACUUUAUUUACCUGAACAGCGCUGAAACAAAUAGUUAUUAUAGUUGUUUCUUAUAGUUAAAAUAGGUUAAAAUCAAGCAAAUAACACUGAAACAAAUGGGGUAUUAGUAGUGAAAAACAAAAUACAAAAAUAAAACAAAACCAAAAAGUAAACCAAAUUUUGAUCUGAUAAUUAAUUUAAAUUAAAUUAAAUUUUUUUCUGCUUUCAAAUUAAUGAAGCUGGAGAAUUACGAAAUCAAAAUUUGUUAUGGUAGAUCUUACGCCUUAAACCUUCUGUGUGACAUUUCCUUGAGUUAAUAAAUUAAAAUGUGUAUCGACGUUAAAGCGAAAGCACGCGUUUUAUUUCGUCGCGAAAACGAGUUUCUUUAUACAGUCCGCUGAAUCUGAUGACCAUCUUUUUGGUCCUUUAGGAGCCGGAUAGUUCCGCGGAACGGCCGGAAUCGAACAUCGACGGGGUUUUCCACCGGGAAAAUCUCGAUUCUAAUCCGAGAAUUGUGAACAUUCGGUCGGGGCGUUGCGUCGGUCGAGUGUGCGUGUGUGCUGCCGACGAGCUCGCAGUGAACGCGCUCCCAGUGACGAACAUGAUUGGACGUGUUCGAAACGCUUGCUGAAUGGAAGAUAACGGAGCUGCUGCCGUGCAGUCUAUCAGUGAUCAACUUUCUGUGCAACGAAGAAAAGAAGAAUCGCGAGUGAUGGAAGAAGCGCUCAAAGCUCUCGUUCAUCAGAGAGGGGCGGUGAAAGGAAAAUUAACGCGAGUGAAGAAUGCGAUCGUACAUAGUGCCACGGUUCCGAAUGCGAACAUUAGAAACGUACACUUUCUGAAGCUGCACGUAAAGACUGUCGAGAACUGCUACAGUGAAUACAACGCAUUCCAAAAUCAAAUAUACGCCCUUCCCCUCUCUGAUGAACGACGACGAGAGCAAGAAGACCGCUAUGUGGAGUUCGAAGCUCUUUAUAAUGAGCUCACGAUCCAGCUGAGCACCCUGCUGGAAGAAGCGAUGCCGAAACCGGAGCUACUUCCUCCGGUACCCCUAGUAGCUGGAAAUGCGAUUGCUCCUGUUGCUCCAGCCAUUGCCCCCCAACACUUCAUCUCUCCAUUGACCGUUCCGUUGCCUACGUUCGAUGGAACGUACGAAGCAUGGUACUCCUUCAAGUCCAUGUUUCAGAACGUGAUGGCACGGUACGCGACGGAAUCACCCGCAAUCAAGCUAUACCAUCUCCGGAACGCCCUCGUCGGUAAAGCAGCGGGAGUGAUCGACCAGGAUAUUAUUAACAACGGCGACUACGAGGCUGCUUGGGCGAUUCUAACCGACCGAUUCGAAGACAAGCGCUUGAUAAUCGACAAGCAUAUCGAGGCGAUCUUCUCACUGCCGAAAAUCUCCAAGGAUAGCUCCACUGAACUACGGAAACUGGUUGACACCUGCGUCAAGAAUGUUCAGGCACUCGAAAACCUGGAACUCGAAGUGGAUGGCUUGGGGGAGCAAAUGCUGAUUAACCAGUUGGCAUCGAAGAUGGAUCAGCAGGACCCGGGGGAGCUGUCAUCGUAUGCGGAUACCAUCGAGUUCCUGAAGCAGCGGUGCCGAAUAAUGGAAAAAGUGGAAACAAACAGUGCUAAAGUGGAGAAUCCGAAACCGGCACGCCCGGUAACAAAAUCGAAGACUCUAGUGUCAGCAAAUGAACUACAGUGUACAGUGUGCAACAACUCCCACGAACUCUAUAAGUGCGAAGAAUUCAAGAAGAAGAGUGUCAGCGACAAGUACAGCUUGCUUCGGAAGUCUGGUGCUUGUUUCAACUGCCUUGGAAAGGGGCAUCGUACCACCGAGUGCUCCUCCUCUAGUACGUGCCGGAAGUGCAGCAGGAAGCACCACACGCUUCUGCAUCCGGAGGAGAGCAAGAAGGAAGAUAUUGUGCAUCCGUCAGCAACGAGGCAGGCAGCAAGUGAAGGCUGUUCCCGAGCUGAGUCCUCAGCUGCCAGUGCCGCUCCGGUUGAGGCAGCAACGAAGAAUCAGAACGUCGUUCUGUGUGUGUCAUCGGACCGUCCGACAAGACAGACGCUUUUGACAACCGCUGUAGUGAUGGUCAACGGCUAUGGCAACGUCUUGCACCCGUGCCGAACCCUCAUCGAUUCAUGCUCCCAGAAUCACUUUGUGACGGAACGAUUCGCCACGCAGCUGGCGCUCAAGAAGCACCGUGCCGACUAUCAAGUUAGCGGUUUGAAUGGAGUUACAACACGAAUCCACAACGUCGUCCGCACGACGGUCAAGUCUCGCGUCACCAGCUACUCGACCGAGCUCGAACUGCUGGUAGCGCCGAAGAUCACAAGUGAUAUGCCGGAGAAAGCGAUCGAUGUGACGAACUGGAACCUCCCAGUCCAUGUGGAGCUCGCCGACCCCAACUUCAACAAGCGAGGUCGGAUUGAUAUGUUGCUGGGAGCAGAAAUCUUCUGGGACCUCAUCAACGCGGAAAAAAUCACCCUUGCGGAGAACCUUCCUUCGCUCAGAAGCACCGAACUAGGAUGGGUGAUUGGUGGCGUGAUUUCGGAUCAAAUACCCGUCAUCGCACGCACAUUCUGCAACGUUGUCCAGCGAGACGACCUGGGCGAUUUGCUGAAACGAUUCUGGGAGAUCGAAGGUGCUGAAGAUCUACGCCGAAACUCUACUGCGAGUACCGAUGAGUGCAUCCAGCACUUCCGGAGCACCUUCCAACGAAUGUCCGAUGGAAGGUUCCAAGUUCGACUUCCAUUCAACGAAAGAAAGACAGAACUAGGCGAAUCGCUGCAAAUGGCUACCCGGCGGUUCCUGAUGCUCGAACGUCGCCUGGAUCAGAGACCCGAGCUGAAGGCAGAAUAUUCCGAGUUCAUCCACGAGUACGAGCGGCUCGGACACAUGUGCGAAAUACAGGCCAACCCGAACGAGAAGGUCGGAUCAUCGUACUAUUUGCCGCACCACUGCGUAUUGCGGCCGAGCAGUGCAACGACGAAACUGCGGGUCGUUUUUGACGGUUCUGCAAAAACGUCCACUGGAACCUCCAUCAACGACACGCUGAAGAUUGGCCCAAUCAUGCAAAACGAUUUGGUGUCGAUCCUGCUGAACUUCCGGUGCUAUCGGUUCGUCUUCACAGCCGAUAUACCGAAGAUGUUUCGCCAAGUGAUGAUGCAUGCUGAAGAUGCACCUUUCCAGCGUAUACUAUGGCGGGAUGAUCGAUCGAAACCCCUGAAGACUUUUGAAUUACGCACGGUGACCUACGGCUUGGCUUCGUCGCCGUUUCACGCCACGAUGGCACUCUCCCAGUUGGCCGAUGACUCGAUGGAGGAUUACCCGAUAGCUGCACCCGUACUCAAAAAGUCUUUCUACAUCGAUGACGCCCUCUGCGGGGCGCGCACAAUCGAGGAGGCGCAGUUGUUGUGUCGACAGCUGCUGCAAUUACUGCACAGCGGUGGAUUCGACGCACAUAAGUGGUGCUCAAACGAACCAGCCAUCCUAGAGGAAAUCCCGAAGAACCUCUGGGGUACUACUUUCGACGUUGGAGAUGCUGCUGAUAAGGCGGUUGUAAAAACUCUCGGAGUGGUUUGGAAUGCUUCGCAAGACUGGUUUUCGUUCCGCGUCCAACCACCUGAAGAAGCUUGCCGGUCGGUGACUCGCAAGGGAGUGCUGAGUGAAAUUGCAAAGUUUUUCGAUCCACUGGGACUUGCUGGACCAGUGGUCACUACAGCGAAACUGAUCUUCAGAGAAGUCGGCCUUCUCAACCUUGGGUGGGACGAUCCCAUUCCUGACGCCAUUGCCGAGAAGUGGCGUGCCUUCCGGACUCAACUGCCAGCAUUGAACGACUUGGAAAUUCCAAGGUGGAUACUCAGCGAUGGAAUGAAUCUCGUGGAACUCCACGGGUUUGCUGACGCUUCAGAUCAAGCCUAUGGGACGUGCCUGUACACGAGUCUCGUACUCCCCGAUGGUGCCGUCAAGAUGAACCUUAUCUGCAGUAAGUCGAGGAUUCUGCCGAAAAAGACAGGUAAGAUGAAACCAAUCACAACGCCAAGAGCCGAGCUUCUUGCCGCCUUGCUUUUAUCUCGAGAAGUAACGAAGGUACUCAACUCGGUCGACACAAGAUUCGAUCGUGUGACGCUGUGGAGUGAUUCGCAAAUUGUGCUUUGCUGGAUCCGAAAAUCGCCUGCCGAUCUACAGCUAUUCGUAGCGAACAGAGUCAUCGAAAUUCAGAAGCUCACCAACGAAUUCCAGUGGCGGUACAUUCCAACGUAUGAUAACACGGCCGAUUUGAUAUCGAGGGGCGAGAUGCCUCAGCACCUGAUCCACCGGUCUAUUUGGUGGAAUGGACCCGAUGUGCUGAACCAACAAGUAGUGCAACUGGAACAGCCGUCUCCUCUGAACGAUAGUGACCUCCCUGAAAUACGAACGUGCCUUGUUCUCACCAAACCGCCAGCAAGAUUAGCAGUAUUUGAUCGAAUCGGUACGUUCACUCGGCUACAGCGUUGUAUGAGCCUGGUGGUUCGAUUCACCCACUAUGUGCUUUCGGGACGAGAGAUGUUGACAAAGGGUCCGCCAACAGCCUACGAACGAGACGAAGCAUUGAAGCUGAUAGUGCGAUGCGUGCAAGAGGAGGCAUUCCAACCGGAACUGCGCGCAUUGAAGGAAGGCGGUACACAUCGCCUACGAAGUCUCCACCCGUUCAUCGAUCCUGUUGACGGGAUUCUGCGAGUUGGUGGUCGUGUCAAGAAGGCUUUCAUUCCGUAUGAUAGUCGCCACCAAAUGUUGUUGCCACCAAACCAUCCCUUCACCGAACUGCUGAUCCGCCAUGAGCAUCAGAGUAACCUUCACGCAGGACAAAAGGCGUUGCUUGCAAUCGUACGACAGCGGUUCUGGCCAUUGCAGGCUAAGAACACUAUUCGGAAGGUGAUUAGGCACUGUAUCCCGUGCUUCCGAGCAAACCCGAUGAAGACGACGCAGUUGAUGAGCGAUCUCCCAUCCUAUCGUGUCCAGCCGUCACCAGCUUUCUUCCACACCGGCAUCGAUUAUGCGGGACCUUUUUUGAUCAAGUCGCUCACCCAGGCACGCAAACCGAUGAUCACGAAAGGGUACGUAUGUCUCUUUGUUUGUCUCAGUACGCGCGCCAUCCACCUUGAACUGGUGUCAAGCCUCACGACCGAAGCCUUCCUUGCAACCUUGAGGCGGUUCACUGGACGAAGAGGACCUGUCAGCAAGAUCUAUUCCGACAAUGCGACGAAUUUUGUCGGGGCUGAAGCCGAGUUGGAACAGCUGGGCAAACUUUUCGCUGACGAACAUCACAUCAAGGCGCUGACUGAGUUCUGCGGAAGCCGAUCGAUUUCGUGGAGUUUCAUCCCACCGAGGAGUCCCCACUUUGGAGGGAUUUGGGAGUCCGGGGUAAAAUCCGUAAAACACCACCUGAGAGUAGUCGGAAGCCAGAAGUUAACGUUCGAAGAAAUGAGCACAGUACUUGUUCAGAUUGAAUCGGUGCUCAACUCACGACCACUCACGCCAUGCUCCGAUGACCCCAACGAUUUGACCGCCGUAACCCCAGCACAUUUCCUGGUUGGACGGCAAAUGCAGUCAAUCCCCGAGCCAUCGUAUACCAAUAUGAAGCUCUCGACGUUGACACGGUGGCAACUAGUGCAGGCCACUCAACAACAUUUCUGGAAAAGGUGGCUUGCCGAAUAUCUGCCGGAGUUGCAGAAGCGCCAGAAAUGGUUCAAGACAACCCAAAUCAAACCUGGUGCCUUAGUGCUCAUCAAUGAUCCCAAUGCUCCGCCGAUGCAAUGGCAACUCGGCAGAAUCAUCGAGGCUCAUCCGGGUAGCGACAACAUCACCAGGGUCGUAACUCUGCGUACCGCCAGGGGUGAAUGCAAACGAGGCGUCACCGAGAUUUCCCUUCUUCCACUGGAUCAGGAGGAGCAGAAGCUGGACCAUUGAAAUAGCCAUUUCAAUGCGGGGGAGGAUGUAUAAACCUUGAAUUAAUUGUCCGAACCUGUGCAUACUAAACCUUGUUCUUUUUUAUGCUCAACUCUGUUGUAGCGCACCUUCUGUGUGACAUUUCCUUGAGUUAAUAAAUUAAAAUGUGUAUCGACGUUAAAGCGAAA